AUGGCUGACACGGUGAGAGCGGCCUGCCUUUUCCUCAGCUGCCUUCUUUUGUGCUCCCUGGGUAUACUGCUCGGAUACCUGUUGGAAGCGCACGCAGCGAACCCAUGGCUUAGUGCUCUCACCUUUGUAGCAGACCUCUUGGUGUCCAUGUUCGUCUUCCGCGAGCUCCGCAUCACCAGAGGGUCUCCAGGUUUGCCCUGCCAGAUGCAGGCGCUCUCUUUUUUGCUCGGGAUUGCGGAAAGUCUAUUCACGAUGGCCAUAGUGGGGAUGUUUGCUCCAGAGGCCGGUGAGGUUGUAAACGUGAUAGCCUUCACGAUCAUUCUGCCUGUGUGGUACUUCCCACUCCGUUCUGUGCGUGGCCUAUUCCUGCUCCCGAUGGUGAUGACCUAUUUUAUAGCUAGUGUUCCCGCGGCAGGGCUGUCGGUGGGGCCGUCUGAUGCCAUGUCAGACUUUUUGACUGCGCUUUGGCUUUCAGCCUCCAUAGGCGUGCGGUACCGGAGAGAUCAGGAGCUGCUUAUGGGAUGCACAUUAGCACUAGGGAUGGUGCCCCCCAUGCUGGGGGGGUACCUGCACAAGGAGAAGAAGAUUCUUUUGGUUUUGUGGCUCUCUUUAAACGCGGCAGCUGUUUAUGUGCUGGUCAUCUUCGCUCGCUUCCAGCGGAACUUGCCCUUCGCGGUCCGGAAAUGCAGGUUCAUACGGCUCGACAAACUCCGGGCCAGGCAAGAGAGCGGCUUGGGCCUUGCGCGCAUGCAGGACUUGCCCGAGGAUCUUUUCGGGGACGUGAAAUACGCAUCCGAGGUGAUCAUCGUAUCACACCGCUGGUUGGACAAGUACAACUGCGACAUCAACACUCCGGAGCACCCAACGGGAGAUGGGAAAGUGAUUCCUCGCACGCUUGAAGAGCAAGAGAUCUUCCAGGAGGCUCUGCCAGCGAUGAGCAACCUGUACGGCACGCAUCCAUCCGCCAUCAAGGACUACAAGGACUGGCUCCGGGAGACGAGGAACGGAGACCCCAAAGUCGUCGAAGAUCUUGAACGCAACGUCCUGACCAAAGACGGCGUUCAAGCCGUCGUGGACCUUUUCUCCAGGGACUUGGCCAACAAGCACUUCUCCAACGAAGCUGAUCGGAGAGUGGUGGACACCAUUCUGCGGGCCUACUUGACGAAAAGACUCCUGAGCGAUGCCAUCCAAAUGCAAGACAGGCGAGCGGUUCGAGAGCACUUGGAGCAGCUGGCGAUCUUUGCAUCCGCUGAGGCGGUGAACGAUCCCCUGAAUGAUAACUUGGAUACCGCGCUGCACCUGGCUGUUCGACUGCCCUCCAUCGAGAUUGUUCAAGACAUCCUCGAUGCAGGCGGGGACCCCAACAGUAGAAACUGUUUCGGGGAUACGCCACUGCAGUUUUUCCUUUUCCCUAGAUUAGCGGCGGGCGCCAGCCUGUGUGAGAAGCGCGUUCAGCCGCAGGCCGAGACGUCUGAGGAGUGCUUAGCACUGCAGCACGUGCAGAAAUGCAGCGAUCGAGCCAAAUGGGCGAGCGAUCGAGCGCCGCCUGCCGGAUACCUCAUGAUCUCGCAGCUGGCUGGCAUCUUCAGCCCCGGCCGCCGGAGCCGGUGCAGCGACGCCUCCGCCUCUGAGGGCGGCACACCCCGGGAAAGCCGGGGGCCAGGUGGGCUGCAGCACCUGCAGGCGGCGCUGAACGCAGCCUUCGAGGCCGAAGACAUGGGCCUCCUGACUGAUACCGCGCGCUCAGCUUGCCAAGUCCCGGACGGCAGCGAGCCGCCGGAGACCGAGGCCAAGGCGAGCGGCGAAGCUGGCCAUGCUCUAGAGACGGAGCAGGAGGCCUGCAGCGAGCAGGCGCCUCUUGCGGAUGAGGAGAAGGCCCUGCCCUGCGACGACGACCAGUCCGACGAGGACAUGCCAGAGGCCCCAGAGACAGAACAGGCAGCUUGCAGCGAGCAAGCGCCUGCAGAUGAAGAGGCGCAAGGCGAAGGCCCCGCGAAGGCGCUGGAGACAGAGCAGGAAGCUUGUGGCGAGCCUCCGGACGCAGAGGCUUUGCCCUUUGACGACGACAUGUCCGAUGAGGAGGCCCCAAAGGCAGAGCAAGCGGCCAGCGAGGCGCCUCUCGAGGCAGAGAGCACUGGCGACCAAGUGCCCGCAGAAGAUGCUGAGGUUCUGCCCUGCGAUGACGACAUGUCUGAUGAGGUCGAGGGCGAGAGGAGUCCCGAAACCCGGGAGGUCCCAAACGCUGCCGAGACCCGCCCGGCCCGUGGGGAAGGCGCUCUAGCCACGCCAAGGCGCCAAUCCGUGGCCAGCAAAGUGGCCCAGUGCAAGGCGCGGCUCGCCGAGCUGCAAGCCAUGAAGGCGCAAAAGCUGGAGGAGGAGGACUACAUGGGCGCCCACGAGGCCAAGCAGAUGAUCCAGGACCAGGAGGCCGAGCUCCAGGCAUUGAGACUGGAGGGCACGCCCACGCCUGCGAGGGCGGCGGGGGAGGCACCCACGACUUGGCGCCCCGCAGCGCCAGGCUUCAUGGAGCUGCCGGGGGAGGAGCCCUUCCUGCUGCCGGUGGAGACCUUCGACAAGCUCUAUGGGUACCAGCGCCAGGGCGUGGCCUGGAUGGCCAACCUCUUCCGGAAGAAGCACGGAGGUGUGCUGGCGGAUGAGAUGGGCUUGGGCAAAACCAUCCAGGUCUGCGCGCUGCUGAACGGGGCGCGGAAGGCGGGGGCCACCCACGCGCUGCUGGUGAUGCCGGUGACGCUGCUGGACCAGUGGGGCCGCGAGGCCAGGCUAUGGUGCCCAGGUUGGCCCGUGUACGUCUACUACGGCACCGCGGCCCAGCGCGCCAAGGCGCUGCGGGGCUUGCGGCGACCCAUGGGAGGAUUGCUGCUCACGUCCUACUCCUUGGUGAGCAACUGCGAAGAGCUUUUGCAGGUUCAGGUGGAGGACGUGCCAGAGCCCACGCGGCGGCGCGGCAGGCCGCCCGGGGAGAAGCCCUCGAAGCGCCGGAAGCUGGACGACGAUGACGGGGAGGACAAGGAGGCGGAGUCGGAGGAGGAGCAGGAGCCAGAGGCGCCCGGCGGCGAGCUGCCGGUGGUGGGCAGCACCAGGCCCUGGGACCUGGUGAUUUGCGAUGAGGCACACAGGAUGAAGAACAUGUCCUCGUUGCUGGCCAAGAGCCUGCGCAAGCUGAAAUCCAACAGCCGCCUUCUCCUUACUGGCACGCCGGUUCAGAACGCCUUGCAGGACCUUUGGGCGCUCAUGGACUUUGCGCAGCCGGGGCUGCUAGGAAACCAUGCCACGUUCGUGAAGACCUUCAGCGAGCCCAUCGACAGGGGCAGCGUGCGGGGUGCCAAGGUCUGGGCGGUGGAGCUGAAGAAGCACCUGGCGGAGCAGCUGAGGGCGCUGAUUAGCCCCCACCUCCUUCGGCGCACCAAGACGAGUACCGGUAUGGGAGGCGAAGGUCCGGAUGUCGUGGAGGAUGUGGAGAUGGAGGACAAUGCGGAGGAUGUGGAAGGAGCGGUGAAGAAGCUGCCGCCCAAGAAGGAGACCCUUGUGUGGCUGCAUCCCAGCGAGCAGCAGGUGGCCAUGUACAAGAAGGUGCUGGAGAACAGCGAGGUGAUCCGGGAGGCAUGCCACAAGUCCAAGCUGGGCAUCGAGGUCUUCCGCGCCAUCGGCCUCCUGAAGCGGCUCUGCAACCACCCGCUGCUGCUGUUGCGCCUGCCGAAGGUGAAGGACUGGGCUGAGUUGCUGAAGGAGGUGCAAGAAGCCGAGGCCGAGUUGUCGGACCCAGAGGACAAGGAGUCGACGCCCGCUCCUUCCGAGACGUCGGCAGAUGUGGCGGAGGAGGAGUGCCGGGACGUCGAGGCGAUGCUCAAGACGCUGUCUCACUCCAAGGAGGAGCGGGGAGUGCAAAAGGACGUGCUGCAGCAGAGCGCCAAGCUCCAGUGCCUCAGCCGCCUGCUGCCGGAGCUGGCGCAGCGAGGCUUCGCAGGUCAUGUCAGCACGUGCGAGGUGAAGAUGCUGGACCUGAUCCAGAUAUGCCUGCGGUGCCUCCGCAUCGACGGCCUCACGGAGGCGCAGGCGCGCGCGGAGAAGGCGCGGGAGUUGGGCAGCCGGAGAGGAGGGCGGGACGGGAGGUGCAUGCUGCUGACCACCGCCGUGGGCGGCGUGGGGCUGAACCUCACGGCCGCGGACCGGGUGGUGGUGGUGGACCCGGCGUGGAAUCCGGCCACCGACGCGCAGGCAGUUGAUCGUGCCUACCGCAUCGGCCAGAUGAAGGAGGUGCACGUCUACCGCCUCAUCAUGAGCGGGCUUGUGGAGGACAAGAUGUUCCGACUCCAGGUCUUCAAGAUGGGCCUCACCCGCACGGCCUUAGAAGCCGACCAGCAGCACCGCUACUUUACGGCCCUGCCCGGCGCAAUUUGCGGACUGUGGGGGCGUUUUUUUUCCGGCCGUUCGGGGGAAGCCAAGGGGGUCUGUUUGUUUGUUUGGUUUUGUUUGGUUUGGUUUGGUUUGGUUGGUUUGUUGUGUCUUGUCUUAUUUGUUUGUUUGUAUGUGUCUCUGGCCGUUUUGCCCCCUCAGGUGGUGUGGCAUGCGGGCUGUUCCAAGACUUGUGGAAACCGGUUGUACGUGCUCGAGGCAAUGCUUCGACACGGACACAGGGUGAGCCCCGACCACACCUGGAUCUUACGGUAA